UGGAUGGAUGGAUCGAAGGUAGGCCGCGGAGUGGAACAAAGAGAAUCCUCUGCCGUGGCAGGAGGCAACGAGAGUGAAGGAGGGUCACGCCUGUCGGCACGAGCUCUUUCGAUAUCGUCUGCUCUUCACGCAGACUUUUUCCUCUUCCCGGUGUUGCCGCCAUCGUCGCCGCCACGUCUUUCUUUCCACGGCACUCAGGCUUUUUCGUCGCAUCGCACGAACCUCGAUGGACCCGUUCCCACCCUGUUCACCGGCUACGUGACUGCACGGCCCUCCUGUCCGCAUCAGGAGAGUUACAUGUCGUCUGUCUUCAGGUUCGUUUGUGGUAAUUACGCCGGGUACAUUGAACCCCACACCGCGGCGCAGAUGCGCGAUCCGAAAGUUUAG